AUGAGAUAUGGAGCAGCUCAGGUUUCCCAGCUGCUCCGCCCAAGUCAUGGAUUUUCUCGAGUCCCCUUGAAGGGCACAACGCUGCGCCUCUCCUCUCCAUUCCUUGGCCGCAUUGGACAUACACACUUCCCGAAACUAUGCGCGCAUUACAGCACGAGGCGCCAUGAUGAGACGAGCCCCCCGGUGACACAGCUACCGGAAUCCCAGCCGGCGGCCAGGCCUACCCUUCCAGCGCGGCAGUGGUCAACACCGCUCGCGAAGACCAUCGCGCAGGCGAUUGAG